AUGUUGCCUUCUGCAAGACUGAAAUAUCGACAUACCGCCUGUCUUAAGUUUUCUCUUUCGAAUUUAUGCAAUUUUAAAUCCACCCUGCAUCUUUACCAACUGACUAUUAAUCCUCCCUUUGUUUUCAAUCUUUCUUUCUUUCUUUCUUUUUUUCUUUUUUCUUUCUUUCUUUAUUUAUUAUUUUUUUCCUUUCUCGCACUCUACAACACUCCAUCGUUUGCUUCAUUUUCUUCUUUCUUUCUUUCUCCUUUCUUUCAGUUUAUAUUUCUUCUUUUUCUUCUUCUUCUUCUUCUUCUUCUUCUUCUUCUUCUUCUACUUUAUUUAUUUAUUUAUUUAUUCAUUUCUCGCACUCUACAACACUCCAUCAUUUGCUUCAUUUUCUUGUUUCUUUCUUCCUUCUAUCAGUUUAUAUUUCUUCUUCUUUCUUUCUUUCUUUCUUUCUUUCAUUCAAAAUCUAGUUUCUUUCUUUUUUUCACACUAUUUUCUUCUUUCUACAUUCGAUAUGGCUAUCUUCCCACCAUUAGAUUAUUUCUUUCUUUUUUCUUUUCUUUUUUCCCCACAUCCUUUUGCUUUCUUUCUUUCAUUCUUUCUUUCUUUCUUUCUUUCUUCAUUUAUUUAUUUACAAUAGCAUGUCUUUCCUUCUUUCCAUAUCUACUUUUGCUUACUUUUCUUUUUUUUUUCUUUCGUUUUUCUUUCUUUCUUUCCAUAUUUCAUUCUUCACACUUCCUUCUUUGUUUCUUUCUGUACACGCUAGCUUCUUAUUUAUUUACACCACCAUUCUUUCUUCGUUCUUUCUUUACGCAGCUACUUCCUUUCUUUAUACAAUUUUUUUGUUUCUAUGAUUGUGUGUUUCUUUCUUUCUUUCUUUCUUAUGUGUAUGAUGGACUCAGACGAGAAAAACCUUCCUCUUUCCUCUUCUCUCUUCAUACUCUUGGAGAGAAAGAGUACGCCACACCUCUCUCUAUCUUCUUCCUUUUCUUACUUUCCUUUUCUAUUUCUUUAAAAUUCCCCUCCUGCCACUUCAAUUUUCCUACUCGCCUUUCUCUUCAAUUUCCAUCUCUCUUUUACUUUUGCUUACUUUCCUUUUCUAUUUCUCCAAGUUUCUCCUCUUUUUUCUUCACUUUUCCUACACUCCUCUCUCUCCAGCCUCUACCUCUCUCUUCCUUUUCUUUCUUUUCUAUUUAUCCCAAAUUUCCCUCUCUCCCUUUUCUUACUCUCCUUUCUUUCCAACUGCCACCUUUCUCUUUUUUUUUCUUGCUUUUCUUAUCUAUUUCUCUUAAAUUAUUCUCGCUCUUUUCACUUUUCACGCACUCCUUUCUUUCUAACCUCCAUCUUUCUUCUUCCUUUUCUUACUUUCCUUUUCUAUUUCUCCAAAAUUCCCCCUCUCUCCUCUUUCCUUUUCACAGUCAAAUCUCUCUCCCCUCUCUCUCUCUCCCCCCUCCCCUCCCCCUCUCUCUCCCCCUCUCCCCUCUCCCCUCUCUCCCCUCUCCCCCUCUCUCCCCCCUCUCCCCUCCCCUCUCUCUCCUCCACCCCCCUCUCACCCCUCUCUCUCUCCCUCUCUCCUCUCUCCCCUCUCUCUCCCCUCUCCCCCUCCCUCCUCUCUCCCCCCUCUCUCUCCCCCCUCUCCUCCUCUCUCUCCCCCUCUCCCCCCUCUCUCCCCCUCUCUCCUCUCCCCUCUCUCUUUCCCUCUCUCCCCCCUCUAUCCCCCUCUCUCCCCCCCUCUCCCCCCCCUCUCUCCCCUCUCUCCCCCUCUCUCCCUCCCCCUCUCUCUCCCUCUCUCUACCCACUUUUGUUUAUUAG